AUAAUACCCAGGGCAGUCCCAACGAGGCAAUUGGCGGGUUUAGACGUCAUAAACCUUGGGCGGAACUAGAACUUUAACGUGAGGCUUCCUAGCGUGCGUUCUUUGGGUGCGAUCUCUUUCUUCAGCUACGGUACCCCGUCGAGGACAGGCGCCGUUCUAACCUGCAGCUUCUUUCAACAGUGUCAACAGUGUCGCGCGGCCGGCGUGUAUUUUUAUUCCUUUUUUUUCUAUUUUUAUGACGUAUUUUCUUUCGUGUUUGUUAAAAUCUCUGUACGAAUAAGGCGCUUCUUCUCGUACUCUUAUCCCCAUCGAUUUCUCCCCUGAGCAACAAGCACAUACAUACAUACGAUUGCAGCAAGCUCCUCAGAACCCGCAUGGCGCGGAGUCGCUUGGGCUUGAUGCCAUGUGUUCUGGUGUCUCGAAGAAGCUUCAGAAGUCUCAGCACCUGCAGGAUUAUACAUACACAGGACUAACUAGUGGGGGCACUCGAUUUUCCGCGCAGCGCAUCUUUCGGUUACUCGAGCUGCUAUAACCGUGACAUUUAAUUCUGCGAAAAGCAUUCGAAGGGAGGCAGGGUAGAGGGGCUGAAAGAGGGCUCUCUUUGGGAGGACGAUAGGACUCAGCAAUGGCGCCGCCACUGCAAGCUAUAGGAGGGGAUACCCGAGUGCCGGCCCAGCGGCAGACUCGCAGACGGCAUCUGCGCAUAGCUGACGCUAUCCAUGGGACCUCGGAUAGUGCGUCGGCCAUAUGGCGCCGGUAUGUGUCGGCUAACUUGGAGCGCGUCGCCGCCGCGAUUCCGUCUUUCCACCGGUCUAUUCCGCCCAGUCGGGAUGGCCGUCAGGUCCCGCUCAGCGCGCGCUGGCGGGACGGGGUUGAGCUGCGCGACGAACGCACCGGCAAGCCGUACAUCUCAAACUUUAUCCGGUCGAGCCGCUAUACGAUCUGGGAUUUCCUACCACGGCAGCUCGUUUUCCAGUUUAUGAAGAUUGCCAACUUUUACUUUCUCAUCAUCGCCAUCCUGCAGCUGAUACCGGGCCUCAGUCCCGUGGCAUCGUACACGACCGGAGCGCCGCUCAUCGUCUUUGUUGCUUUCAGCAUGGCCAAGGAGGGCUAUGACGACUACAGGAGAUAUAAGCUUGAUCUGGUAGAGAACCGCAGCUCUGCGUGGGUUCUGGACCCUAACGGAGUCGUCAAGAGUCGACUGGAGCGGUCCAAGAAGGGUAAGAUUGGAGUGAAGCGCCCCAGUAAACGCGAGAGGACCGACGACGAGGCUGGCCAAGAUUUUGGCGACGGGACGGAGCUGCGUCAGAUAGGCGAGGGUGAUCAGGCUGGCGGGAGCAAACAGGACAGACACACAGACCACCACAGUACGGCCAGGCAGAACAUCUGGUCGCAUGUUCAGUGGCAGGACAUAAGAGUCGGGGACGUUGUGCGCUUACAAAGGGACGAGCAAGUGCCCGCAGACUUGGUUCUGCUUUCGGCGUCGGGAACGAAUGGGAUCGCCUACAUCGAUACUAUGGCUUUGGAUGGGGAGACGAACCUAAAGAGCAAACAAGCAUGUCCCCUGCUGGCUAAGCGCUGUGGCACUGUGGCAGGAAUCUGUCACUGCGAUGCCACGGUGAUCGCCGAGGACCCAAAUCUCGACAUAUAUUCCUUUGACGGCAGUGUCCGUGUUGGCGACAAGACAAUGCCGCUGACCAGAGACCAAGUGGUAUUUCGUGGCUCCACGAUGAGGAACACCCGCGAAGCAUACGGCCUUGUCAUCAACUCUGGUGAGGAGUGUAAGAUCCGCAUGAACGCGCACAAAAGCGUACGUGCCAAACACCCGGCCAUGCAGGCCGUCACGAACCGCAUCGUUUUGCUUCUUAUCGUUGUUCUUGUCAUGUUGGCUGUGGGCCUCAAGAUUGGCAACGACGAGUUCGAGGCAGAGUUCGGCCCAACCAACUGGUACAUGUUUGGCGUGCGCUUGAGCAUCAGCGAACAGGUCUUUGGUUUCAUCAUCCUCUUAAACACUCUCAUCCCACUGUCUCUAUAUAUCAGUCUUGAGGCCAUCAAAAUCGGGCAGCUUUAUAUGCUGCAGGACAUCGAGAUGUACGACGCCGAAAGCAACACGCCGAUCGUAGCCAACACCACUACCAUCCUCGAAAACCUGGGCCAGGUGAGCUACAUAUUUUCCGACAAGACUGGAACCUUGACAGAGAACGUCAUGCGCUUCCAGAAGCUGAGCCUCGGUGGCUAUGUAUGGAAUCACGACAUGGGCAUCCGCGACGAAGCCCCGGAGACCGAGCUACAAACGCUAGGUUUGAUGCAACACCUGCAAUACAACCCAGAAACGCCCUUGUCGGAGAGGGCGCUGCACUUUAUACUCUGCAUGGCACUGUGCAAUACCUGUUUACCGGAGACCACGGAUAAGGGCGAAAUCGAGUACCAAGCUGCGUCCCCGGAUGAGCUGGCCUUGAUCAAUGCAGCCAGGGAGCUGGGCUACGUCAUGAUAGAUCGCGACAGCGAAACCAUCAAGCUGCAGCGCCCGGUGAGUGGCAGCAACGACGACGUGGAUAUUGGCACAUAUACUAUUUUGGACGUCAUUGAAUUCACCAGCGAUCGCAAACGGAUGUCGGUCAUUCUGGGCACUCCCGAAGGUCGCAUAUUAUUAUUGAGCAAAGGAGCAGACAGUGCUUUGCUACCACGACUAAGGCUGAAACAGUUGGUAGAUCGAGUGGCAGCUGCCGUCAACAGACGGACAAACAGGCGGCGCAGCAUGCGGAUGGACUCGGCCAGGAAAAUGUCCGGUCCGGUCAGUCCGAGCUCUAUCGGGGAAUGGUCCGACUUUGGAUUACACGAUGACCAUACCUCCUCGGAAGUUGCAAUGCUUUCAGAUGCGGAUAUCUUUGAGGCAUGCUUCAGGCAUAUUGAGGACUUUGCUUCAGAGGGACUACGCACGCUGCUGUUUAGUUACCGGUAUAUUGAAGAGGCAGACUACGUAGCCUGGAAACGAGAGUAUCAUGAGGCCGAGACGAGCCUGGUCGACCGUCAAGCUCGCAUCGACUCGGUAGCUGAAAAGAUUGAGCUGGAGUUGGAGCUUGCAGGCAUCACUGCGAUUGAGGACAAGUUACAGGAUGGCGUACCGGAAACCAUCGAUAAGCUCCGGCGGGCCAAUAUCAAGGUUUGGAUGUUGACUGGUGACAAACGCGAGACGGCAAUCAACAUUGGACAUUCCGCCAAGAUCUGCCAGCCUUUUUCCGACAUAUUUAUACUGGAUGCUUCAGCAGAAGGCCCACACAUCGACGAAACCAUGGACGGAGUGCUGCGUGAAGUCAAGGAAGGAGCCAUCGAGCACUCUGUUGUCGUCAUUGAUGGACUGACACUGACCGAGGUCGAAAAUUCCAAGGCCUCCAAGGACCUCUUUUACGAUCUUCUGACGCGAGUCGAUGCUGUCAUCUGCUGCCGAGCAUCACCAGCCCAAAAGGCGGUGGUGGUGCAAUGCAUCCGCGACAAAGUCCCAGGGUCCCUGACACUGGCGAUUGGCGACGGCGCAAACGACGUCGCCAUGAUCCAGGCGUCACACGUCGGCAUCGGCAUCUCGGGCAAGGAGGGCCUCCAAGCCGCGAGGAUAUCGGACUAUUCGAUUGCGCAAUUCCGCUUCCUGCAGCGGCUCCUUCUCGUGCACGGCAGGUGGAACUACGUCCGGACCAGCAAGUACAUCCUCGGCACCUUUUGGAAGGAGAUCGUCUUCUACCUGAACCAGGCGCUGUUUGCGCGCUACAACGCCUACACGGGCACGUCGCUGUUUGAGUCGGCGAGCUUGACCGUCUUCAACGCCCUCUUCACCCUGCUCGCCGUCGUGCUCAUGGGCGUCUUUGAGCAGGACCUCUCGGCCGAGACGCUGCUGGCCUUUCCCGAGCUGUACGUCCUCGGGCAGCAGGACAAGGGGCUCAACUUUGUAAAGUACUUUGGCUGGAUGGUCCUCGGCGCCGCAGAGGCCCUCGUCAUCUUCUUUACCGUGUUUGCCGCGUACUCGCCGAUUUACUCGGACGACGACACGACCAUAUUCCCGAUUGGAAAUGCCGUGUUUACGGCCGUGGUUAUUUUUAUUAACAUCAAAAUGCUCCUAGUCGAAAUGCAUCACAAGACCUGGAUCGUUCUCGGCGGAUUCUUGAUCACCAUCACGGGCUGGUUCGUCUGGAACCUGUUCCUGGCGCUCGUCUACCAUCGCAGCAUCGGGCCCUACACGGUCCGGGGGUCCUUCAUUCACGGGUUUGGGCGGGUGCCGAAGUGGUGGCUAGCUGUCAUAGCGGCGUUGAUGGCGGCACUCAUGCUCGAAUUGAUCGUCAAGAGCAUCCGAAGGAUCUAUUUCCCGUCCGAUACGACCAUUAUGCAGGAGAUUGAGGCCGAACAACGUCGUAAACAGAGUAGGGCCAACAAGAGGCAUCAGGCGGAAAGGGCGCAAGAGGAGGGCCGAUUAUGAUGACGAGAUAUUUGUCACGCCUUUAUGUAAAUAAAUGAAUAUAAUAAUAUGCGGAACACAGUACACUAGCUCUAGUCUGCUAACACGAAGCUUCAGCUCGUCUGAUUCCCGG